AUGUCUACUGCUCUCGCUACACUGUGGCCAGGUGACAACUGGUACACCAUGCAGCAGUGUAUCUUCAUGCAAACCACAUAUUGUGAGACAGGGCUGCACGGACUCCAGCCUUGCGCCCCCGCAAAGCUGAGCACCACAAUCAAGGCCAAGAGAUGGUGGGCUCAAAGAGAGCAACUGCAAGACUAUCAGCAAGCCUACAAGACUGCGAAAUGCUCUGCUCUCAAAGCCCACAAGGCCACCUCCCUUGACUGCCUCAAGACUUGGAAGUUGAAGCAGUCUGUGGAGAGGGCUUGCGCUGAGGCAGCCUCCGAGGGGCUCUUGAUGCUGGCAAGAGGAAACUAG